UGUCUGUGGGGGCCUGCCAGGGGAACUUCAGUGCACCCUCUGGGGUCAUCUACUCCCCGGAUUUCCCGGACGACUACGGCCCCGACAGCAAUUGUUCCUGGGUCCUGCGGCCCCCGGGCUCCAGCGCCGUGGAGCUCCGCUUCCAGAUCUUCGAGAUCCGGGACCCCAACGACUGGCUGGAGCUGCGGGAUGGGCACAGCCACCGCCUCCUGGCGCAGUUUGAUGGGCAUCACCGCCCUGGCCCCGCCCUCCUCCUCUCCACCGAUGUCCUUGUCCUCAGCUUCCGCUCCGACCAGCUCCUGCAUGCUCAGGGGUUCGCCAUGGCCUACCGGGGGGUGAGGGGUCCCAUGUUGGAGACCUCGGAGGGGGACUCCCAGAUGUUGCCCAGUGACCUGUUGCAUCCAACCUUCACGGACCAAUUCAACUCCAGCUGGACCCACAGCGCCGACGACGUAGCCAUCGGGGCAGGAGGUUGGAUGAUGUACACAGCUUCAGGGGUCUUCCUCCUCAUGCUCCUCAUCAUCUCAUACCACCUGCGGAAGAGUAUCACAUAUGGGAAUUCCGGCGAUCCCGCCGCUCACCAACCCUGGCUGGCAAAGAAACUCAAGCGAAACCGGGCGCCGCUCUUGUCCAAUAGGCAGCGGCGGCAGCCUUAUGCUAAUGAAGAGGACGCCACUUGGCCGGAAGGCUGUGUGGCGGAGGAUGUGGUUAAUCCGCUUGUGCUGAACGGGCUACCGGCCGGCGAGCUCGGGCUCGGGCUGCUGCGGAGCUCUUCUACCUGCACAACGAAGCUGGGCAAAACAUUCUACACGCACG